GAACGUCUGAUGUCCUGGGACGUGUGUGUGGUACUGGUGAGCGACGACCCUACUUUCCUCAGUGCCUUCGCCGACCUGGCACUUCGAGGCCGCCUGCUGGUGUGGUCCACGAAGCUCCUGCUGGUGACGAGCGUGGCCCUGCAGGAACUCCGCGCCUUCCUCGGGGCCUACUGGGUCUUCUCUAUGAUGAACACCGUCGUGGUGGUUCUUCAGAAUGAGGGGCUGCUCCAAAAAUGGGACAUGUACAGCCAUCUACCCUAUUCUCCCGCCGGGCCACAGCUGGUGUGUGUGGCCACCUGGACGCCAGCUGCGGGUCUGAGGACUAGAAGUGGACGUGGACUUUUUCCUGAAAAGUUUUCGAACUUCUACGGCGCCAUCGUCAACGUGACAGCCCUUCCCUUCCCCCCCUACUGGUCCGUCCUCGAGGAACCUUCAGCCUCGUCGCCAGGAAGAUACUCGGGCACAGACUUCCUGCUCCUCGAAGCCACGGCGGAGGCUCUGAACUUCACCUUCAGGGUUGUGCCGACGGAGACUUGGACGGAGGUCGCCGACCGGGUAGUCGAGCGAGUGGCCUUCCUGUCCCCGAUCUUCCACAACGUCCUCCCUGCCCGCCUCGACCGCUACGAGUUCUCCUUCGUGUACGAGUUCGGUUCCCUGGACUUCUCCAAGGCCAAGCCGGACUUCAAACCCCAGUGGCAGAGUCUGUACUACCCUCUGUCGCAUGCCGUGUGGUUGGGCAUCCUGGCGACGGUGGUUGUGGUGCCGCUCUCCUUGUAUGGGAUAAUCGGAGCGGGCAAGCAGCGUGUCUCGACGAGCAACGAGGGACGCCCCUUCACCCUGAGCAAGGCGGCGCAGGAAGUCUACGGGCUGUUCCUGGGACAAAAUCUCUCGAGGGUCUUCUACGCCAGCGUCAGGGCGCGCGUACUGGUAGGGGCGUGGCUGGUGUUCUCCCUCGUGGUGGGCACGGCUUACAGGGGCAACCUCACGGCGUCUCUCACCCUGCCUGUGUACCCUUCGAGGCCGGAGACGCUCGCCCAGCUGGUUCUCGUAGCUGACAGGAUCACGAUGCCCUCCUACGGCGCCGAAUUCAAGUCAUUUUUCGGGAAGUCGGACUCUCCCGUUUUCAAGAGACUUUCCGAACUGAUGCAUAUUGUGUCGUCUGUAGAGGAGGGGCAGAGGCAGGCCAUUGAGGCGAAUCAGGCCCACCUGGACACGAGGCGCUACCAGUUACUCCACAUCGCCCAGAAAUUCACCAACGCCGACGGAACCACCAGGCUGUACAUAGGAAGAGACAGCAUCAUUCCCGGGCAGUCUGCUUGGCCUCUUCCUCACGACGCCCCCUAUCGGCCGCAGGUGGACCGGUGCAUCAUGGCGGUUAUAGAGGCAGGCCUUUACGAACAAUGGAGCCAGAACCUCCUGAACGAAGCCCGGCGAGAGAGCAGCAGAAAGCAAAGAGAAAAAGCCAAGAGACAGGAAGAAGGGAACGGAGAAGCGAAAGAAAUAGACAGCAGUAACGCCGGACGCGCGAAGGCCCUCACCAUAGUACAUAUGCAAGGCCCCCUCUUGCUCUUGCUUCUGGGACUGUGUGCGGCCGCGUUCGUCUUCGGUGUCGAGUGUGCGGCGGCAGCGACGUCGAAGUCCUUCAAAGUGUAUUUAGAGUGGCCGCAUGGAAGACCUACGUCAGUGUGCAUCAGCAAGUACACCAGGAACCUCAUGCUCACGAAUGCUUAA